GUGUGCUGUGGCUGAAACAACAGCAUGGAAGCCUGUUAUUACAAAUAAAAGGACAUUGAUACCACAAGAACGUCUGGCUGCUUGUGUAGGAACGGAGAGUAUUACAAUAUAUAAAACUAAUUUACAGAUUUCUUAGUUUUCAGGUAAAACAUUGCUUGGUCAACAUGAGAACCACCAACUGAUUGCAAGGGGAGUUAUUCCGUUUUUGCAAAAUACAGGAUUAUACUCAGUGACAUGAACGGAUAUUUAAUCAGACUAUUUCAUAUUAUAUACCUGCGGGGGGCAGUAAUACGCCCAGUUGCGUUUACACUGCCUAGGUCAUGGACGAAGAAGAACGACAUACGAAGUGUGAACGACGGCCAUCUAGUUUCUGGCAUGGCCAGCCCUUUAAGGGGUGAGGUUAUCAGACUUUACAAAAAUCUGUUAUAUCUUGGCCGUGAGUACCCCCAGGGAUCGGCUUAUUUCAGAGAGCGGCUGAAGUCGGCCUUCAUGAAGCAUAAGGACGUGACAGACCCUGAAAAGAUCAAAAAACUGGUGGCCCGGGGCAACUUUGUCAUCAAGGAACUAGAGGCACUCUAUUUCCUCAGGAAAUAUCGAGCCAUAAAAAAGCGGUAUUAUGAACCAGAAAAGUAAUAAUACAGACAGACAAAAAAAACACAUUAUUCUUUUGAAUCUGAAAUGAAAUAUAGGCUGUGUGAAAGUACAGUGUUCCUGUAUGUAUGGUGUCAUAUAACAAGCUGUCAUUUUCACACGUCAGAGAUGCAGUGUUACACUGUUGAAACAGAAACUGUUAGCUUUAUAUAAAAAUAAUAUUAGGCUUGUCUCAUACAGUAAGGAAAAUGAAUCUGUAAGUGCCAGAGAAUGAAGAUGAUAAUGGCUGGUACAGUCUGCUUUCUAUUUUUGAUACACAAGUUGGCCCUUAAUACCAGUGUUUUAAUCACAAAUAGCCUACUGUAUGUAAGUUAAUAUAGAUUUCAUCAGGUCAGUUUAUGGUUGUUAAGGUCUGAUGUGAGCUAAAUUAAUUCAAGUAAAUCAUCCCAAUUCCAAUGAUUAUUUAUUAUUACAGUAAUUCUGCACAGUUCAGCAGUUUGAAAGAUAGGAAACAGAAUCACCGUCUCUGCAUAAAAAAUAAACAAAAGUAUUAGAUAAAAAGCUUGUCAAAGAGUUAGUCAUUUUUGCCCAUACAGUCACGUCAGUCAAGUCAGGUCGGUCCCGUCUCCCCUCUCAGCCCUGCUCCUCACUUUCCCUGUUCUGUCUGUUUUGUGUCUGUCACCUUUCUCUCUGAUGUACUAGUUUUUUUAUGCCCCUCAUAAUGUUCACAGUUCUUUCUGGCCCUUAACGUCACCUCUCAUACCCAAUUCUUAAGCUUCCCAUGCACAAACAUCUCCAGACAUUUCAGAGAAGAGAAACAGAUGUUACAGGUUUAUAUAAACGCUUAACUCACCCUUACAUAUUGUAACUAUCAGCUGUUACCUACUACAAAUAAUAUCUAUAUGUAAUGUACACACUCUUACUAUAUUCUAUUACAUAUUACAUUUUAACUGGUAACUUGUUUGUUUUUAACCACUACAAGUUCAUUAUCUAAUUUGAAAUGGGUGUUCACAUUAAGACUGUUUUCAAGGGUUGGAGAUAAUACAGAUGCAGAUGUCCACUUGCGGAUAGUGAUGGCUGAUCGAGGCUUUCUUGAAGUUUCCACACAGUGUUCACAAAAAUGGUUCAUUACUCAGAGGCCUCAAUGACACAGUGCCCGAGUAGGACAUCUAGUGGUCAAGAAAAUGAGGUGUCACUUAUUGGGUCCAUGGAUUAUUUGGGAUUUGAUUUGCCUUGCACAAUCCUGUUUGACUACACUACAUGGUUGUAUGGUUUCAAGCUGACACAAUAAAAUAUAAAAUAAACAUGUA